AUGGAUCAACGUAAACGACGUACCGCUAACGUCUUCGGCGAUGAAGAUGAACCAAUGGUAAAAGCCGAGUCUGACAGCAAGAAAUUUAAGAAUGUUAACGUGGGAGUUCCCAGUUUUAUUCCUACGCCGACAGAUCCUACCACUGUCCAGAAUGCGGCGCCUCGCCCUGAUCAAAUCAAAGCCAUGAUUGCGCAAAAACGAGCUCAAUUAGAGGCCAUGGCUGCAAAUUUUAAACCAGCUCAGCAAAAGACUACAGCACCCGUACAACCUCCCGUGGUUUCAAAUCUUCCUUAUCAACCUAAUAACAUGGUUGUGUCAGGGAUUGACCCAGAUCUUAAACGUAAAAUUCAAGAGGCUAAAGAGAAGAUCAAAGUGAAUUUGGCUAAAGCCAAUCCUUAUUUGCCAUCAACAAAUCCUCUGGUAAAACUGGGUGAUGAUUCUAUAAAGGCAAAAGGAGGACUUAAAGUGGAAUCACAUCCUGCACUUCUUUUAGAUCAAAGUGGAAAAUUGGAUUUGAAACGAGCUUCAGCGUUGAUGCCAAAGCCUAAUUUUGCUACUGUGAAGGCAAACCAAAGGCUCGCACCUACUGUAUCGAAACAAGAAUCGAAGUCAUUGGCUCCUUCUGAAGAAUUAGAUGAUAUUACACAGAAUCCUUAUUACGAUCCGAGAGCUGGUGCCGCUGCACCUCAAAGACGUCUCCGUAAAAAAUUUAAAUUUGUUCAGAGGGGUAAAUAUGAAGCACUAGGAAAUCAAAUAAGAGCACAGGCCAAGUUGGAAAAAUUGAAAGAAGAAAUCGCCGAAAGUGUUAAGAAAGCCGGGAUGGAAGCAGAAAUUGACUCAACGGAUAAAGCAAUUAAGAGAGAUCCACCACCUGUGAUAGAAUGGUGGGAUUUACCUUUCUUGUUAAAUAAAACUUAUGAUGAUGUUGAUGCUGGUAAAACUAAAAUAGAUGAUGAGGAUUCUCUUGCUACCUGGUUUGUUCAACAUCCAGUGCCAAUUAGACCCCCAGGUGACAAUGGCCCCCCACCGCCAAAACCGUUGAUUUUGACUAAAAAGGAGCAAAAGAAGUUGCGUAAACAGCGGCGGUUAGAAUUGCAAAAAGAAAAACAAGAUAAAAUUCGCUUGGGAUUAUUGCCCCCUGACUUGCCUAAAGUCAAAUUGAGUAAUCUUAUGAGAGUCCUUACAAACGAUGCCAUUCAGGAUCCGACAAAAAUUGAAGCUCAAGUCCGUAGAGAAAUGCAAAAGCGACAAGAAACCCAUCAAAAGGCAAAUGAAGAACGCAAGCUAACUGAUGAGCAGAAAAAAGAAAAAAAGCAAAAGAAAAUGGAUGAAGAUAAGCAGACGGCGACAAUAGUUUGUGUUUUUAAAAUAAAUGAUCUUUCACAUCCUAAAAUGAAAUUUAAAGUAGACAUGAAUGCUCAACAGCUUGGGCUUUCAGGCACCGUCAUAAUCAAUCCGAAUUUUACUGUAGUGAUUGUUGAAGGAGGACCUAAAGCUAUCAAAUAUUAUAAGAAAUUGAUGUUGAGACGCAUUGACUGGUCUGAUACUACACGAAUAGGAGAAGGCACCAGUGAACAGCCUGCUGAUGAACCCAUGGAGCCCCCUAAGGAAAAUAAAUGUUCCUUGAUUUGGGAAGGAGAAGUAAAGGAUCAUGGGUUUAAAGGAUUUUGGUUUAAAACGUGCCCAACAGAGAAAAUGGCACGCGAUUACUUAAGAAAGCAUAAGAGUGAGCAUUAUUGGGAUUUAGCGUGCAAAUAUGUUGAUGAUGGAAUUGAAAAUGCUGCGGCAGUGAACCUUUAA